AUGGGAGUAAAAGACCGUUUUAGGCUGGUGGUCAUCGACAAUGACUCACCAAUCGUAUGCGAAAGAAGAAUGUUCAAUUGCAAACCCCAUUACAUCAACAUACUUCCCCACUUCAAUGGGAGGUCCAAUGAUGAACCAUACAUUCAUUUGGCGGAGUUUUCGGCCAUAUGUAGCACUAUUGGGAGGCAUGAUUUUGCACUGGAAGAGGUCAAGCUUCAGUUAUUUCAGUUUUCGCUAAAGGAUAAGGCGAAACAAUGGUUCCUUACACUUCCGGCAAACAGUAUUCGUACAUGGGGCGAGAUGCAACAAGUCUUUCUUGACGAGUAUUACUCAAUGGCGAAGACCGAUGAUGCUAGAGAUGAAAUAAGAUCUUUUCGUCAACUUUCGAGUGAACCAUUACAUGAAGCAUUCACUCGGUACAAGGAAUGGAUUUGGAAGUGCCCACAUCAUCAAAUAGUAAAGUGGGAAUUGGUUAAGUGUUUUGUGAGAUGGUUGGAUGACGAGACAUGGAACCACCUCGAGUCAACGAGCAACGGAACAUUGUUGAGUAACCAUGAAGAUGACGAUUGGGAUUUUCUUGAGCGGAUGAGCAAGCGGUCAAAGUCAAAGGAGUCGGCCGAUAGAGCUAAAAAAAAUCCCGUUUCCCAGUCACUUCCUGAUCUUGACUCUAAGGAUCGGAUUUCUACUCUAGAACGAGAGAUAGCUUGUAUGAAGAGGAAGGAGGUGAAUGCAGUGCAAUUUACGGUUUGUGAAGAUUGUGGAGAGAUUGGUCAUCGGACCGAUCAAUGUCAAACGGGACCUGGUGACUACACCAAAGAGGUAAAUCAAGUGUUCGGAGAUAGAAAGAACAAUGAUAUGAAUUCGAACACUUAUCAUCCCGGAUUAAGAAAUCACCCCAACUUCCGAUAUGGGAAUGCUGCAAAUCAAAUGAACCCAAAUUUUCAACCGGGUAACCAAAGCGGGUCAUCAUAUCAAAAUCGUCAAGGUGGUAAUCAAGGGGGUUACCAACGUAAUUACAAUCAAGGGUACCAAGGUCGGGACAAUAAUUACCAAGGUGGGUACCAAAGGAAUUACAACAAUCAAGGCGGUAAUGGAAGUGGGUCGAAUAAUCAAGCCGGUGGUGGUGAUUCGUUAAACUCUAAAGUUGAAGCUAUUAUGAAUGCUAUCCCCAAUUCAAAUCCGAAAUGA